AUGGAGUCCGAUAAUCCCAACGGGUAUAAACGGAGGUCGAUGCACCAGGCCCUCCACAGUCGCCCCGUGGAACGACGACCGAGCAAGAAAUCAUCCUCCCUGGAUCGCCAUGGUAUGGUCUAUCCAGACAACUUUCGGGAAGCGACCAUUCGAACCGUCACCCCAGAAGCUCACUCCCCCCUGUCCGAACCCCAACCCCUUACCGCAAACAGUGCGCCCUCACCCCGGACCGCGAUGGGAUCGCGAACCGUCGAACGAAGCGAAGAAGAGACGUCGGUGGAGGGAAGAACUCAGCGCACGCGAUCACGAACCGCGACUUUGGAAGAACAGCGAGGCGAUAUGGUAUCUAGUACAUCUACAUCCAAGACUCGAACACGAGUCGGGUCAGUGAAUGUUGCCAGUUCGUCCCAGCCCAAAGUGCCAGAGGGGAAAGUGUCUGAGGACUCGUCUUCUUCCAUUGGUUUCCCAUCGAUCCAGUCGCCGAGCUUCGUUGGAUAUCGUCAGCGAGUCAGUAAUCUAUCCAGCUCCCUCACGGGUGCAGCGCAAAACCAAGCCGCCUUUGCCUCGCCCCUCUCAAAUACUGACUCCGCAAAGAUCCUACAUCUCAUGAAGACCACUUGUGGAAGAAUGCACGGUAUCCUUUCGUUUCGUAGUGCAACCACCAGUCCCGGGACGUCUAAUGCCUGGACUUCUGGGUAUUGUGCUAUCAACGUUGCGACCGGAAGUCUGAUAUAUCAAGCAAAAGGAGAGCCGGCUUUGGCCAAGACUUUGAUCCCCGAUCUGCGCGGUUGCCGGGUUCGAACACUGUACGAUUCCGAGCUUCAAACCACCUACCUCAGUGUAUCCACGUUCACAUCUGGACUUGGGAUCCAACUUAGGCCUCACGUCAACGAGACUUUUGACUCGUGGCUUGCUGCUUUACUCUGUUGGCAGCCAAUUCGUCCCAAAGGUGUUCAGAACAAAAUGACCAAGCCUCAAGAAGUUGUAAUUGGAGAACGCCGGAUUCCGGAGCGCCGACGGAACUCGGACAGUGCAGCUCAGAAAGAUGCGGCCAUCAUCAAAGUCGGAAAGAUGCUUCUAUGGGACAAACCGUCAGCAUCUGGAGCACGACCAGUCUCCGCACGCCGCGUCUCUACGUAUCGACAGUCCAGAGCUUUAUCCUCUUCGUGGCAGCGUGUCAGCUGCACCUUGCAGGAGAAUGGUAUUUUCAAGCUCUAUACCGAGUCCGACGUCACUCUCGUGGCUUGCAUCCAACUUUCCCAAUUGUCACGCUGUGCUAUCCAGCAAUUGGAUUCUUCAGUUUUGGAUGAUGAGUUUUGCAUCGCCAUAUAUCCGCAGUAUACAGCACACCCUGUCUUGGAUCCGGGCAUGCGACCUAUUUAUCUCGCCCUCGAAACGCGCGUACUCUUUGAGGUUUGGUUCGUGCUCCUGCGUGCAUUCACUAUUCCAGAACUUUAUGGGCCUGCGUCUACAGAGGAAGAUGAGGAACUGGACAAGGAGAACUCCGAAAAGUCCCCGUUCAGCAACAUGUUCCGCAUCGAAAGAAUUCUUCACCUCAGAAUUACGGAAGCCAAAUUAUUCCAAACAAAGGAAGACACGCCACGGAGCCGGAAGCAAUCUAGAUCCCACGGUUACUCUGCUCCUUCAUCCCCGCUAAAGCCCAGCGACUAUUACACCGAAGUUCUCCUGGAUGGAGAGAUCCGCGCCAAGACUGCUGUCAAAUAUCGCACAUCGAAUCCUUUCUGGCGAGAGGACUUCGUUUUUAAUGACCUGCCACCAGUACUGUCUCAGGCUUCCAUAAUGGUCAAGACCCUCAAUCCCACGCAAAGAGACUGGACGCUCAUUUCGUCUGGGUCAUAUUCGUCUACUCAAGAGGUCAACGCAGUAAACAUGCUUGAUGAAAUCGAAAUUUCUGCCAAGGACUCAGUUUGCGGCCGGGUCGAUCUUCGGCUGGACGAAUUGGAUGCUGGUGUGGAGAUAGAAAAGUGGUGGCCCAUUCUGGGCGAUCGUGAUCAGCCAAUUGGAGAGAUGUUCAUGAAAGCUCGAAUGGAUGAGACUGUCGUGUUGAUGACCGAUGAAUAUGCGCCAAUGGAGGACCUCCUUCAUCAAUUCACUAACGGUCUGACAAUUAGUAUGGCUCAAGUGAUGUCAUCUGAAUUGACACAGCUAUCGGAGAUGCUUCUGAAUAUCUACCAGGUCUCAGGAGCAACGGUGGACUGGAUUUCAGCGCUGAUCGAAGAUGAGAUCGACGGGGUUCACAAGGAAUCCACCGCCAAUCGACUGCGCUACACGACAAGAAUUCAUUCCAAUGACUCGAGAGAAGGCGGCCAAGAACGUGAAAUUCUCGUGAGAGAUAUGGGAAGGACAGCUACGGUAGAGGCCAAUCUUCUCUUCCGAGGCAACUCGCUCCUCACCAAAGCGCUCGACCUGCACAUGCGUCGCCUUGGCAAGGAGUACUUGGAAGAGACGAUUGGAGAACGCCUGCGCGAUAUUGACGAGAGUGAUCCUGAAUGUGAAGUGGACCCGGCUCGCGUACCACGCACUGAGGACCUGGAUCGCAAUUGGCGAACUCUGAUUGCUCUUACGACGGGCGUUUGGAAGUCAAUCGCGCUCUCUGUCUCCAGGUGCCCUCCAGAGUUGAGGCGCAUCUUCCGUCACGUCAGGGCAUGUGCAGAGGAUCGUUACGGUGAUUUCCUGCGUUCCGUGACCUACAGUAGUGUUUCGGGUUUCCUGUUCCUGCGAUUCUUCUGCCCGGCCAUCCUGAACCCCAAACUGUUUGGGAUUUUGAAGGACCACCCUCGUCCUCGUGCCCAGCGCACUUUGACUCUCAUUGCCAAGGCCUUGCAAGGACUCGCCAAUAUGACAACAUUUGGUAGCAAGGAACCGUGGAUGGAGCCUAUGAACAAGUUUUUGGUCGGCAACCGCGCUGAUUUUAAGCAAUUCGUCGAUCAAAUUUGCAACAUCGCCGCGGAUCGUCCCGCUCCCGUUGUCACGCCUUCCUAUACCACUCCUGUUCAGAUUCUUGGUCGCUUGCCAGCUACCUCCCGCGAGGGUUUCCCCAGCCUACCAUUCCUGAUAGACCACGCUCGGUGCUAUGCACACUUGGUUCGUGUCUGGCUCGAUAUCGUUCCGAGCCGGAUGUCUGAACUGGAAGACGUGGAUCCGUUCCUUACCAAGUUCCACCAGCUGGCCUGUCGCUUGCAAGAACGCACGGAGGAAGUUCUACACCAAGCCGAGCAAGCUGAGCGGCCGAAUGGAAACCUCGAGGUCAAGUGGGAGGAACUAGUGGACUCAAUGGAGCGUGCCGUGACUUUCUAUGACGAAACCUCAAGCACGCCAGCUACCCCGGCAGCAGAGUCGAUCGUUGCAACGAAUGUACAAGUCUCCGGCCACCGCGGUUCAAUCGGCUUUUUUGCCCCGCGGCCUGCUAUGGGUCGUCGAUCGACCGACUAUGCCGCGGACGAGGACGACACGCCACCCAGCUCCUCGUCAGCCACCUGGGACCAAGCUCGCAUGCCCUUCUCCAUUCCAAGGUGGUCCGAUGCUCGGGACAGCACCGGCAGCUCCAAGAAUUCAUCCACCUACUCUCUCGAAUUUUCGGAAAAUGCCAAAGCUCGCAGAUCCAGCGUCACCAAAGAGUCUUCCAGCAAAUACCGCUUCUUCGACUUUGUCCCUGCUCCCUCCCGGCGCAAGGCCAAAGACCGCGAUCAGUCCCAAGCAAACUCGCAUGAGGACCUCCGGAACGAAUUCUAA